GAACUGGUACUUCCCUGGCCAGGUUUUUAGUUUUAGGUUUGUUACCAGUUGCAGCACUCAACCGUCAAUUAUUGAGCUCGGUCGCUGGAAAAAUCCAAAACAACAGUGUCAGUGAGGUCACCACUUCACUCACCGCCCCAACACCACACGCUAGAUAUUUUAAGUUUAAUUUUAAAAACUCCAAACCCUUUUGCGUUUCCGUUCAUAAACCAAUCAUAAUUCCUCUGACUGGUGGACCGAACAGAUAAAAUUAAUUAAGCAUCGAAACGUGACCCUUCCAAUCUCGCAACGCAAGCGACAACAAUCGUCACAGCUCAGCAGCACAAUCAAAACCAAAACUCCCUCCCCUUGGGACAUUUUUACAAACACCUUCUGCCUACAAAUAAAAGAUAUUUCAGUUUUCAUGUCCUCGUAGUGGUUGGGUUUGAGUGCGUGUGUGUGAGAAUGGAAGAGAGUGGCGAUGCGAGGGAUCUUCAGAAACCGUUCCUCCACACAGGGAGUUGGUACAAGAUGGGUUCCAGGCAGUCCAGCAUCAUGGGAUCCUCCACUCAGGUUAUCCGCGACGGCGCCGUUUCCGUCCUCUUCUGCGUCCUCAUCGUCGCCUUGGGUCCCAUUCAAUUCGGCUUCACGUGUGGGUAUUCUUCUCCAACCCAAGGGGCUAUAGUUCGCGAUCUAAACCUCUCUAUUUCGGAGGUCUUGCUGUAUAUUUUUCUUUCUUUGGAUCUUUGUCUAAUGUGGGAGCAAUGGUGGGAGCUAUAGCUAGUGGUCAGAUAGCUGAAUACAUCGGGCGCAAAGGGUCAUUGAUGAUUGCUGCGAUCCCCAAUAUAAUAGGGUGGCUUGCUAUUUCUUUUGCCAAAGAUUCCUCGUUUUUGUAUAUGGGGAGGUUGUUGGAAGGUUUUGGCGUUGGGAUUAUCUCUUAUGUGGUGCCUGUUUAUAUAGCUGAGAUUGCACCUCAAAACUUGAGAGGUGGCCUUGGAUCAGUGAACCAGCUCUCUGUUACAAUUGGCAUUAUGCUGGCUUAUCUGUUGGGUCUUUUUGUCAACUGGAGAGUCCUUGCAAUUCUAGGAAUUUUGCCUUGUACAGUAUUAAUACCUGGAUUAUUUUUCAUACCUGAAUCCCCCAGAUGGUUGGCCAAGAUGGGGAUGAUAGAUGAGUUUGAGACUUCUUUGCAAGUGUUACGAGGAUUUGACACUGAUAUAUCUGUUGAAGUACAUGAAAUUAAGAGAUCUGUGGCUUCAACGGGAAAAAGAGCUGCAAUCCGAUUUGCAGAUCUCAAGAGGAAAAGAUAUUGGUUCCCGUUAAUGGUUGGUAUUGGAUUACUUGUUCUUCAGCAAUUAUCUGGUAUCAAUGGAAUUUUGUUCUAUUCAACUACCAUCUUUGCAAAUGCAGGAAUUUCAUCCAGCGAAGCUGCUACAGUUGGACUUGGAGCCGUUCAGGUCAUAGCAACUGGAAUUUCCACAUGGUUGGUGGACAAAAGUGGCCGGAGGCUGCUUCUAAUAAUAUCCUCAUCUGUAAUGACAGUUAGCCUUCUCAUUGUUUCUAUAGCAUUUUAUCUGGAGGGGGUUGUAUCAGAGGAUUCACAUUUAUUCAGCAUUUUGGGAAUAGUUUCUGUUGUUGGACUCGUGGCUAUGGUGAUUGGGUUCUCUCUAGGUCUGGGACCCAUCCCUUGGCUUAUAAUGUCUGAGAUACUUCCAGUGAAUAUAAAGGGCCUUGCUGGCAGCAUAGCGACAAUGGGAAAUUGGCUGAUUUCGUGGGGGAUCACGAUGACUGCUAACUUGCUUUUGAAUUGGAGCAGUGGAGGGACAUUUACAAUCUACACAGUCGUAGCUGCCUUUACUAUAGCUUUUAUAGCAAUGUGGGUUCCUGAGACCAAGGGAAGAACAUUGGAAGAAAUUCAGUUUUCCUUCAGAUAGAUAUAUGUUUUGGGAGAGCACAGAGGUAGUCUAUUAUGUUUAAAUUUAAAUGACGAGUCCACCAGUAUCAUGUAUUUUUGUAGUCCAUUGUAUUUUUAUUGUGUAUCAAAUUUUCUGUAACAAAUGAAAGGAGAAGAAUCAGUGCAUCGUGUUUUUUCACUGUACAAGCUAUUGGUACAAAGAAAAUAAAACAAAUAUAGUAGCAAAAAAAUGAGAAAGACAAGAACAAAAAACUUCUAGUCAUAGUGUAGCUGUUAAAAUCGAGUUUAUUUCUAUUACGAAUUGUAUUCUGUCAUGGCAUAGGGAAGAAGAAACUACUAGUGGCAUCUAUUGUAAACGUGGUCACCAAGUAAACCAGUGACUUGGUUACUCACCUUGAUGACUUGAAUUAUUGCAUAACAUUCUGGUUGCUUUC